ACACCCUCUACCUCGCAUCCCCGAGUCAUCCUCAUUGCCAGGCGCAAACCCGAUCCGAUAAGAAAAACAACAAUGUUUCUGCAACGCUCCGCCAUCACCGCGGCUCGCCGCGUCGCCGCCCGACCUGCUGUCGCUCGCACCUUUGUCACCUCCGUCGCUCGCCUUGAUGCCAGCCGCCCUGCCACCCCCAGCGAGCAGGCCGCUGCUCUUGCUGGCACCGCCGAGAAGAAGGUUGGAUCCUACAAGGUCCUGAAGGAGAUCCGAACCGAGGAGGAUCUCUUCGGUCCUGGUGCCGCCCCCGGUACCGUCCCUACCGAUCUCGAGCAGUCCACCGGUCUUGAGCGUCUGGAGAUUCUCGGUAAGAUGGAGGGUGUCGACAUCUUCGACAUGCGCCCUCUCGAUGCCACCCGCCUCGGAACGAUGAAGGACCCCAUUAUGGUCCGAUCUGCUGGUGAGGAGCAGUUCGCUGGUUGCACUGGUUUCCCCGCCGACUCUCACAGUGUUACCUGGCUCGGCAUUACCCGCGAGCGCCCUAUCGAGCGAUGCCCCGAGUGCGGCAGCGUUUACAAGAUGGACUACGUUGGUCCUGAGGACGAUCACCACCACCACCACCCUCCUGAGUUUGAGGAGCCCAAGACCUUUGCCGAUUACAUCAAGCCUGAGUACCGAUACAAAUAAAUGCAUUGCGCCGAGAGACAUUGAGGAGAUUGGGCUGCAGCAUCAAGUGAAAACUAGACGGGUGUGAUGCUGCCCCGGGAAGAGGAUCCAUUUUGUGUAGAUUAGGGUGCCUUGUUCCCUGUGUCAAUUUACUAAGUUAGCUUGCAGAAGUUGAUGUUGACUAUAUAACAGAUUC